GAAAAGAGUAUUCGUUGGAUUAAAAUGUCAUUUUUGUGGGACCCUACUAAAUUAGGGAAGUGGAUAAAAUUGGAUAUUGUUGACCAUUUCAAUUCUUGAUUUUCCGCAUUUCAGGCUCUUACAGAACAAAAAGAUUGAAUUUUUCUCAUGUGAUUAUUAACAAGAAAAGGGAGAAGAAGGAAAAAUGGAGCUAAGAAGUGUAUUGUUGCCUCAGUUCAAGAUUCAACAACCUCAAUUCACUUUGGUAUUUUCUAAACAAGGGAAAUAUGAACCCCUUGUUGUUGUCGACAUUUUUAGCAGGGAGGCUUUUCCCGUUUCAUAUGAUAGAUGGAAAAAUAUUGAAGUACAUUGCAAUAAUGACCAAAGUAUCAGGCACUCGCCCCUAUCAAAGCAGGACAAUGCAAAGUUACCUGAGCUAGCUUUUAACCGGCUUCAGCAAACUGAUGAUGGGUAUUCUGGAUUGCAAAGGCGAAACUUUGGUCGUUUCAUUGCUCGUGAGGCUGUGCUGGAUGAAGAAUAUUGGACAGCAGCCUGGCUCCGAGCAGAAGCUCAUUGGGAAUCUGUCUCCUAUAUGAGGCACGUUGAUGCAUAUAAAAGAAAGUAUGCCGAACAGGAGUUUUAUGCUUUAAAGAGAAGAUGUUCUGGUCAGGAUGGAAAUUGCUUGAAGUGCUUUUGUUUUGUUGCGGUCAAAAAGGAAGAGAAGAAUGUUAGAAGAACAGUACUUAACAGUGUAGUGGGAACGUUGGACCUGUCCAUCCGGAAAUUUGUACAAAGGGAGAGAUAUCCAGGGGAAAUCAAAAGGUUAUCAGUUGUCUUGGCACAUCAAGAACCCUUUGAUUCACAUAAAUAUGCAUACAUUGCAAAUGUUAGUGUUGCAAAGUUUGCUCGACGUCAGGGUAUUGCUUCAAAUAUAAUACAUUUGGCUGCUGAUAUGGCCGCAUUAGAAGGUUUCAAGCAACUAUUUGUUCAUGUAAAUGCAGAUAACAUACCUGGCCAGGAAUUAUACAAAAAAACCGGCUUUAAGAUCGUGGAAGCCGACUCAUCGUCUCUAUCGAAAGAACAGAGGAUACUGAUGUCCUUGGAUUUAUAAUUUCCCUUAGCCACUUCACUUCCAGAUUAAAGAGGAUGUGUUAGUUUGUACAUUUACAUGGUUUGAAGCCAAUACCUUGUUGGUUGAUGUAUAUAUUAUUGGGUAGACAGACAACUAGUUAGUUACAGAGAGUAUAAUAUUGGAUACACGUUUAUUUGAGUAUCCUAUACGAGCAUAUCCGGUUACAUAUUUAGUGUAUUUUGGAGAAUUCAGACUAUAUACAUGAGACAUUUUGACAUGAA